UAUGCCUCAAGUUAUUAACAAGAAAGCUUUUAACGAACAUAUACCAGCUGGAAAAGGAUCCACGUAUAAUCAACUGUUAGAGGCAAGUUGGAGCGUUAAAAAGCGAGCUUUUAAAAUCAACGAAAAAGCGUUAAACAGAUUGGAUUCAACCAAGAAGAGAAUUGAAAGACACGCUAAAGUAUUAGAAAAUCAACGAGAAAAGAUAAUGAAUAGAAUGAAUAACAGUUUGUUGGAAUUAAACGCCUAUCAAGAAGUUUUAAGAGAUGAUUAUAGGGCUGUAGAAGUAACGAAAACUACAAGACGAAGACCUGAAUUAGGUAGUGAACGUAAUGCCAUUGAAACUAGAGUAUUCCAUUCCGGAUUUUCAAUUUCCAAUUUAAGAAGAGUUGUGAAAAGAAAAAUGACGGAAAUGGAUCCAUUAUAUCAAAAGAAUGAAAAACGGAGACAAUUCAUGGACGAACUAAAGCGUAAAAAUGCUCCGAAGACAAUUGGAAAAGAUCUCAUACUGCCUGAAUUUAUGCAACUCAAAAGAAGAUAUCCUGUUCUUCCACCAAUAGCUGACGUCAAUAGUGAUAUUGAAGAUGUACAUUCAGAGAGUUCUCACUGA